AUGGCCUCCAACGCUGCAGGCCCCAGCGCUGACGGCGUGGCCACGACAGUGCACACCGAAGCCACAGACCCGUAUGCCACCAUGGGACAGUUCUCCUUCGCGCCAGCAACCAAGACGACCGUAGUCACUACCACAUACACGACCACGACCACGUUCCCGCCCUUGUGUGUAAACGCCCCCGGCAGCCUCAGCGAGCGAGACCCCAAGGACUACCCGCUGGCCCACGUCCAGGCUCCCGAGUCAAUACGCAAGUUCUACUUUGAAUCCGGAGGCGAACUGGCUUGCUUUGAGGAAGCAGACGCUGCCUCUGAGAAGGUGCGAGAGCAGAAAACACUCCGCCAGAACCUACGAUCCGCAAACGGCACCCUCAAGAAGGUCGAGUCCUACGACGGCCCGCCAGUCUUCGCGACACCCAGCCGCUCGACGCGUCCAAAGCCACGCGCUCCUCACCAAGGCCUCCGUUCAGUCUCUGGUCGUCGGAAACGGGAUAAUGCAGACGAUUCGCCGCCACCGUCAAUCACAAAAGCCGUUGAGCUGCUCGGUACACAUCGCCAGAGCAAGAAGCCUAGGUUAGAGCACGACAAGGACGCUCGCAUGGCCUCCCGUCCCACAUCGAAUGAGAUGGAGGAUCCACACCUCGCUACGCCCGACACAGACAUGGCCGGCCUCGGCUCGUCCAAACUCCCAAAACUCCGCAAUAACCAUCUACACAGCUCCAAGCCCAGAGCUACGUCACAGCAGAUCGGACCGAACCAAACGCCGCCUCGAUGGCGGCUCCAGGAAUCCAGUGCUCGCUCAUCACACUCUAGAGGCAGCCUCUCUGACGACCGAGAGCCGACCCCCGAGCCCUCUUUCCCCACGGGUGUAUUCGACGGCCCAGGCGUAGCUGCUACACCCCCAAUUGCUGAGUCCGAUUUGGAGCCAGGUGGACCUUUCGCCGAAGACGCAUCUUUUACGCCCUCACGACUCACUCCCCUUGAUACAACUUCGGCGCAAGAUGUAAGCUUGCCCAGUCCCAGCCUGUCGCCCAUCACGGCUGCCGCAAACCUCGCGCAACAAACGAAUGGUGGAGCGUCCUUCUCAAGCACAGAAAUGGACUCGGAUGUGAAUGAUGUGUCAGGAUUUGACCUGUCACAGGGCACUUCAAGCAGCUCGCACAUGGGAGACUUUUCACUUUUCCCUGGUUCCCAACACCGCGACAAUGGUGACGGUUCCAAUACGCAACUGCCUACUCCUUCUGUCAUGGAUAUACCGAAUAUGCUCAACUCAUUCGAUGCUCUGCCAGAGCAGAUGAAGUCGUACGUCUUGUACCAGAUGCUGCGGAGAUGCAAAAAGCCGACCCUACACUUCGUUGCGGAUGUCGUCAACCCUGCCCUUAAGAGGGACUUCAUCGCCUCGCUUCCUACCGAACUUAGCCUUGAGAUCAUCAGUUAUCUGGAUGUCAAGAGCAUGUGCAGCGCAGCACAAGUGUCCAAGUACUGGCGGAAACUCACCGAUACCCAUGAGUCCGCGUGGAAAGAUCUCUUAGACAAAGAUGGAUACAAGCUGCCGCAUGGCGAGCUGGAGCGUGCUGUGCAAGAAGGCUGGGGCUGGCAAUAUCCCCAUUCCACUGACAGCUACGAGCGCGACCUGCGAGCUCAAUCAGUAACCUCGAGGUCAGACAGCGAAACCAUCUCAGGCUUCUCCACUUCUAGCCUGUCUAGCGGCCUCCAAGAUCAGGAGGGUGCAGUGACACGAUCCUCGUCCACACGUCAGAAGAGGAAGGCUACAAGUAAGCAUAGCAGCAGCAGUGGCAAAAAGGCUCGCAAGAGUCGUACCUCCACAAGGACACAGGUUGCCCUCUACUCGCAACCUGCAGAUUAUCAAGAGGGCCCGCAUGCUUUUGCUAAGAGAGCAGAAGCCGCCAUCUCUGAUCCCAACGUUGGCUUGCCCGGCCUUCGUGCUAUGCAUCUUUUCAAAUCUCUGUACCAAAGACAUCACCUCAUCCGCAAAAGCUGGAUGGCGGUAGACACAAAACCAAAGCACAUUGCUUUCCGCGCACAUCAGCGCCACGUAGUGACAUGUCUGCAAUUCGACACAGACAAGAUCCUGACUGGUAGUGACGAUACUAACAUCAAUGUUUACGACACCAAGACAGGAGCGCUACGAAGCCGCCUCGAGGGCCAUGAGGGUGGCGUGUGGGCUCUUCAGUAUGAGGGAAACACACUUGUAUCCGGCUCGACUGAUCGCUCAGUGCGAGUAUGGGACAUCGAAAACGGAAAGUGCACACACGUGUUCCAGGGCCAUACAUCCACCGUCCGGUGCUUAGUGAUCCUCAAGCCAACUCAGAUUGGUGAGACCCUUGACGGGCAGCCGAUCAUGAUGCCGAAGGAGGAGCUCAUCAUCACUGGCUCACGAGACUCCACCCUCCGUGUUUGGAAGCUUCCCAAGCCAGGCGACCGGGGCAUCAUGCAGACUGCAGCGGCAUCCAACGAUCACGACAACCCGUACUUUAUCCGCGCUCUAACUGGGCACCAUCAUUCAGUACGUGCAAUCGCUGCACACGGCGACACGCUCGUCAGUGGUAGUUACGACUGUACAGUUCGAGUGUGGAAAAUCUCGACUGGAGAAGUUCUGCAACGUCUCCAAGGCCACUCGCAGAAGGUGUAUAGCGUCGUCCUUGACCACGCGCGCAACCGUUGCAUCAGUGGUUCGAUGGAUAACAUGGUCAAGGUCUGGUCUCUGGAAACAGGUGCCUGUAUCUUCACCCUUGAAGGUCAUACCUCACUUGUUGGUCUUCUCGACUUGAGCCAUGAGCGUUUGGUGUCGGCUGCUGCUGAUUCAACCCUCCGAAUCUGGGAUCCGGAGAACGGACAAUGCAAGAGCCGACUCUGUGCUCACACAGGUGCCAUUACCUGCUUCCAGCAUGAUGGCCAGAAGGUCAUCUCUGGCUCUGACCGAACACUCAAGAUGUGGAACGUGAAGACGGGCGAGUUCGUUAAGGACUUGCUCACAGAUCUGAGCGGUGUUUGGCAGGUCAAGUUCAACGAGCGUCGCUGCGUUGCUGCUGUUCAGCGAAACAGCAUGACAUACAUUGAGGUUCUUGACUUCGGUGCCUCGCGCGACGGCGUUCCCGCUGAUCAACGAGGACGACGUAUUGUCGUCAAUGCUAGAGGCCACGAGAUCGAAGACGUCUCUGAAGGCGAAUUAAUCGACGUCGAGGCUUAG